AUGAGAGAUAAAACCUUGCUGUUUGUAUUGCUUUACAUUGCGUUUGGCGGACUGGUGAGGGGACAAAGCAGCUCGACUGGUGAGUCUGGUUUAAUAAAAGUCAAGAAUUAAAAUUUUUUUGGGUGAAAAAAAUAUGUGUCCCAAAAUGUCAAAAAAUUGAUUUUUAUGUUUGAUCUUGCACGCCUUUUUAUUGGAUUUAUACUCAAUUUCAAGGUUAUGUAAAUAACUUCUAUUAACAACGAAAGUUUUUAUUUUUAUAUAAAAUAUUUUUGUUUACGACUUCCUGUAUAUUUUGUUAGAAUGUGAUGUAAUAUGUUGUACAUACACGGCUAUUGCAUGAGCUACGAUUCUUUUAAAUUAUGCACAUCAACUUUUCCUAAACCGCAUUCAUUAUAAGUUCCCGGAAUUUUUGUUUCGUACUUUACAAUCGCCAUCUUUAUAUUUCGAGAAACUAUGAGCUCGGAGACUUGUUGUUUCUAUACAUUUAGUUUUUUUAAAGUUCUGAAAGCGCUUGUUUUACACUGAACCUACAUAUUUUUGCAUUAUACACAUAAAUGGCCAAAGAAAAAAGUUUUUUCGCCAUUCCAUCAACCAUGUUAUAGGCUCCUCAACAGUCCAGACAACAUUUCCCCAGUCCACCCCUGCCCCACUUUCUUCCUCUUCCCUCACUUCAACCUCAUCUCCCUCUUCAUUACUCCCAACGGCGACUACAGCGAAAGCAAAUAGCACAACGUCUUCUGGCAACUCAACUAUAAAGUCUCACUCCUCCUUCGCUGCAUGUUCCAAUUCAGCCGCUCUAAAUGCAUCAGUUGAGAAUUGGAAUCCAAAUCUUGGAGAUGUCAAAGAUCUGCUGUGUUAUACCGGAGUGACGCAGAAAGAUCAUUACAAUAGUUAUGAUGACUGUUAUAGUGAUGUGGCCUAUUGUAAUCUUCGAUAUCUACAGAAACAAGUGAGGAAAGCGUGCGAGGAUGACGGUAAGUGGAUCUUUUUUAAUUUAUGGAUAAAAACUGGCAAAAUUUAGCUCAAAUUGGGACAACACUUCAAUAAUAAAAAAAACGGAAUGGCUCCUAUCUAUCAUCAUCAGUUACUGUCAUUUUCAGGUUACACAUUCACCCUCCGACGUUGGUGGUUCUGGCUUCUUGUGAUCGGAGUCCCAAUCAUUUUGGCUUUCCUAAUAAUUACCACGGCUGUAUCGGUAAUCAAAGCAUGUCUGUAAUCGAACUUGCAGAUCCUUGUCUGUUUCUGUGGAUGUUGUUGUCGCCCCUCCGGCUUUAAUUCGUAUGAUAACAAGAUCUACAGUGUGGAUACAGCGCCGCCGAUCCCAGUCUCGUAUGGAGGUCGGGUCUAUUCUUCAGCCUUUUAA